AUGGCGUUCAAAAUAUUAUGGGCUGUGAUGCUGCCUACACUAGUCACUCUUGCCUCUGCUCGUACAACGGGUACCGCGAUCUAUCAACCGUUGACGACCGUGAAGGGCGCCGGACCCCCGCCUCCCCCUCGACCGACGAGUUCGUCUCAUGUGACUGCAUCGACUAAUGCGACUACGACUGCCGGGACGCCUUCUGUCUCGAUCACGUCUGCUGCGACGUCGACAGUGACGGCCUUAGCCCGCCGUGCAGAUGCCAUCACCGCUGUAGCGCCGUCUGCUUCUGCCUAUGCCCUCAACAGCACUUUCUCCAUUAACAGUGAUGCAGUCACGAGAACUUACGACUGGACGAUUGCAACGGCGACUGGCUCUCCUGAUGGCUUCACCCGGAACCACAUCACGAUCAACGGUCAAAUGCCAGGCCCUCUAAUUGAGGCCAACGAAGGUGACACCCUCGUUGUCAAUGUGCAGAACAACAUGGACGAUACGACCUCGAUUCACUGGCAUGGCAUUAUUCAAAAUGGGACGGCUUGGAUGGACGGUGUCCCUGGUGUUACGCAGUGCCCAAUUCCCGCUGGCGGUAACUUCACCUACACAUUCACUUUGGCUCAAUACGGCACCUACUGGUACCACAGUCACUCCGCGGUCGAAUACACUGACGGUCUUCUCGGGCCUCUCAUUAUUCACUCCGUCAACGACCCUCUCGUGCGAGGCACCGACUUUGACUACGAGCAAGUGAUGAUCGUCCAGGACUGGUACCACGAUGAAGCGAGCACUAUCGCCGCUGAUCUCUUGAAUGGUGGUUAUAACGGUUCGCCUGCAGCUCCUCCCCCUCAAAGCGGUCUCAUCAACGGCAAAGGCGUUUUCAACUGCUCUCAAUUGACCGACACCUCGACCUGCACUACUCCUUCGGUCCCUGAGUACACCGUCGAGCCAAAUGCUAAGACCCGGUUCCGUCUGAUUAACGGUGGUAGCCACGCGCAGUUCUAUUUCUCUGUCGAUAGCCACACCGUGAACGUCACUGAGGCUGAUGGAACUCCCGUCUCUGGCGCCGACUCCGUUCAUCGCGUUCCCUUCCACAAUGGUCAACGUUACUCGGCUAUCAUUGACACGACCGUUGGCUCUGCUGGUGAUGCUUACUGGCUCCGCGCAACCAUGAACACCGAUUGCUUCGCCUACACCGACGACACCCUCAACACGACUGCCUUUGCCAUUCUUCGCUACGGGUCUACCAGCACAAGUGACCCUACUUCCUCCGAUUGGACCGACGUCCUCCCCGACGCAUGCGUCGAUCUUGAUGACGAUCAGUUGUCCCCGAUCGUUGUCAAAGAUGCCCCUGCCACCUCCGAUAAGACCAUUGCUUUCGAUUCGUCCUUCGGCGCCGUAGAGAUCUCGGGUACCGACUACCUUCGCUUCUUGGUCAACGACACCUCGUACACCAACUACAUCUACCAGCCGAUCAUGGAGGCUGUCACUGCCAAUGGCACGAGUGCCGUGAACGCGUCCAAUGUUGCUAAUGCUGUCUUCGAAGACUCGGUCUGGACCGGUGACGUUAUCAUCAACAACCUCGAUGCCAACCUCGAUCAUCCUUACCAUGUUCACGGCAACGACUUCCAAGUCGUCGGUCGUGGUACUGGCACCCUCAGCAUCGCCGACGCUGCCUCCCAGAGCUACAACCUGACCAACCCCGUUCGUCGUGACACCGUCGUCAUCCCUGGCGGUGGCUAUGCCGUCCUUCGCUUCGCCAACGACAACCCCGGUGUCUGGGUCCUCCACUGCCACAUCGCUUGGCAUCUUGCUGAGGGCUUCCUCGGUCUCAUCGUCUCCAACCCUACGAGCAUCGCUGCCUUUGACUACCCUGACUCCCUCACAGAGCUCUGCGAUGCCCGCCCGUCGACUGUCUCUAUCGAUGCCACCGAGGCUGGCAGAAAGCGCAGCGAGGCCGAUUCACUGGCCAGGGUUAUGAAGCGUGGUGUCAUGGGUCACUCCCACUGGUCCAAGAAGCGCAUGAUCCGUCACCGUCUUUAG